GACAAAUCCUUUAAUCGCUCCUGGAGGCAGCUCGCAGUGCGCAUGUGUGAACAUCUACCCAGCAGGUAAACUCCACCAUGGCGGCGAGAGGCCAUGUGCAGGAUCCCAACGACAGGAGACUCAGACCUAUAUACGAUUACCUUGAUAAUGGCAACAAUAAAAUGGCCAUACAGCAGGCGGAUAAACUGCUGAAGAAACAUAAGGACCUGCACUGUGCCAAGGUCCUGAAGGCUAUUGGCCUUCAGAGGACCGGAAAGCAGGAUGAAGCUUUCACUCUGGCCCAGGAGGUGGCCACCCUAGAGCCCACAGAUGACAACUCACUACAAGCUCUGACUAUACUAUACAGAGAGAUGCAUCGUCCUGAGUUGGUCACCAAGUUGUACGAAGCUGCAGUGAAGAAGGUCCCCCUCAGUGAGGAGUAUCACUCUCACCUCUUCAUGGCGUACGCUCGUGUUGGGGAGUACAAGAAGAUGCAGCAGGCAGGAAUGGCCUUGUAUAAAAUUGUCCCCAAGAAUCCCUACUACUUCUGGUCUGUCAUGAGUCUGGUGAUGCAGGCCAUCUCCGCACAAGAUGAAAAACUGGCUCAAACCAUGUUCCUGCCUCUGGCAGAGCGCAUGGUGGAGAAAAUGGUAAAAGAGGAGAAGAUUGAAGCAGAAGCAGAGGUGCAACUGUAUUUUAUGAUCCUGGAGCGCUUGGGGAAGUGUGUGGAGGCUCUCGAGGUGAUCAGGGGCCCACUUGGGGAGAAGCUGACCAGUGAGCUGCAGAGCAGAGAAAACAAGUGCAUGAUGCUGUACCAGCGACUACAACAGUGGCCAGAGUGCAACGCCCUGGCCCACAAGCUGCUACUCAAAAAUCCUGAUGAUUGGCAGUUCUAUCCCUCCUACUUUGACUCUCUCUUCCACCUCAUUGAUCAGUCUUGGAUUCAACCAGAAGAAGGCGAUCACUGUCCGGAGGGAGAGGUACAUCACACUGUGGCUGAAGUGGUGAGGUUCGUGGAAGAGCGAAUCAAGGGGGAGGACGGCAAAGAGUCUCAUUCACUCAGAGGGCCGUACUUAGCUCGGCUUGAGUUAAUGCACAGACUGAGAAAGAGGGGCUGUGCAGAGGAGAGACUGCUGGGUGAUCCUUUCGAGCUAAUGGUGCAGUUCUUUGGGAAGUUUGGAGACAAACCCUGCUGCAUCACUGACCUAAAGAUAUACCUCCACCUACUCCCUGCUGAGCAGCACGUUCAGUUCAUCAACCGUCUGAGCAAAGCAGUUCCUCUCAGGGAACAGGGAGAGGAGGGCUUCUCUUUUCCAGAGGAUACCAAAGCGCUACAGAGGCAUCUGUGUCUGUGUCAGCUGAGUCGAGCACUUGGGCUGAAUCACAGCCUCGACGUGGACGGAAAACUUCGGCUCAUCACGGAGCUCAAGGCUCACUAUCGUUACGGGCUGAAGUUUGGGAAGAACGCUGUGAAGACGGAGCUGCAGUUUUCUGAUAUGUAUUGCCUCAUGGCAGCUCACGUCUACAUUGACUUGUGGACGGAGACUGGGGAUGAGAACAUGGUGUGGCAGUGUUUGGGCCUCCUGCAGGAGGGUCUGUCUCACAGUGCCUCCAACGCCCAGUUCAAGCUGCUGCUCCUGCUUCUCUACUGUCGCCUGGGAGCCUUUGAGCCUGUCGUGGACCUUUACUCCAGCUUGGACGCCAAGCAUGUGCAGCACGACACCAUAGGGUUUCUGUUAACGCGUUAUGCCGAGUCAUUGGGUCAGUUUGCGGCAGCCUCCCAGUCCUGUAACUUCUCUCUCAGGUUUUUCCACUCUAACCAGAAAGAUACCUCAGAGUAUAUUAUCCAGGCGUAUAAGUACGGUGCGUUUGAGAAAAUCCCAGAGUUCAUCGCUCUCAGGAACAGGUUGAAUCAAUCGCUGCACUUUGCCCAAGUCCGCACCGAGAGGAUGCUAUUGGACCUGUUCCUGGAGGCCGAUAUUGUGUUGAGUCUGGAGGAAAGUGUGAGGGCCAUGCCUUUGUCUGCAGAGGAUGAUGACAUCCCCUGGGAUAAUAUGAGGGACAACAGAGACCUUACUGUUUUUACCAGCUGGGAUCCUAAGGAGAGAGAGCUGACUGACGAGCAUCGGCUUCGGUCUCUAGAAGAAGAGUCUGUCUGGCUGAGGCUACGAUCUCUAACACUUCGCCUCCUCACCUUUUUGGCCGGCCUAGGACACACACCCUCGCAGCAAAACUCUAAGAUGUCCAACGAGAACGGAGUUGGAGACAAGACCUCUGUCUUAGGCAGCCUGCUCUCCCAGCUCAAUCAGACUCUGCAGACAGCCGCUCAGCUGGCAGAGAAACACAUCCAGUAUCCGUUCCUGGGACCUCCUGCCACCCGCCUGGCCCCCGCUCUAUCCAGCGGAAGCUGCCAGUGUCAGGCUGCGGCCCUCCAGCUGUCUGUCCACCUGCAGGAGUUGGAGACUGUUGGACUUGAUGAGUCGUCAGAGCUUCAGACUCAGAUCUGUAACAGUUUCAAAUCAUUAGUAGUACAGCUUCAAGAAAUACUAAAUAAAUGCAAAGGGGAUUUAUUGGAAAUGAAAGAGAGCAAAUUAAAAACACAGCCCUCCUUAUUAGAAAACCUCAUCUUCUUUGUUGAGACGGUGUGCAUAGUCUUGUGGAUGGCUAGUUACUGUGCCAAGAUCCUCCGACCACUCAAAACUGGUCUACAGAAGAAGAAGAAGAAGAAAAAGGAUUCUCAAACAGCUCUGCCAGUGGUGGUGUGUGGGUUCCAAGAGCUGACGGGGAGCUUACAGGACCUGCUUACCCAGGCUUUGGAGCAUAUAAAGGGGCAAGAGACUGGCAUGACAGCCCUAAAACUAGCCAGUUUAACCUUGGAAGGACCCACACAGGAGGAAGUGUCGUUUAUGCAGGCUGCUAUGGACAAGGUGCAGAGCAGCUACCUGCGCUCACUACAGGAAGUGGGAGAUCUGCUCAAGAAGAGAGCAGAAACUAUAAAGAGCCUCAAGAUCUGAACGCCAUCGCACACCCCCCGAUUAAGAAGACUAUACUCCCAGCGUCAGCCCCCUAUGUCCCACACCACUGUCAGCUCACCAGCUAACCUGCGAGUCCUACUUUUUACUCGCUGGUCCAACAAACCCAACCUGCACCCCUUCUGCCUCCCUGCACAUCUCUCACUCAGCGUUUGUGAGCUCGGUCUGGAUUUCUUUUUUCUUUCACUUCAACACACCUCUGGAACAUUUGCAACUCCUAUAGCACAUAGGCUUGUAUGUAAACCCAUGAAUUUAUACAGCAGUUAUACCUGAGAAUGAGGGAAACGACCCAUGCUCCUUUUUAAAAAUAGAUACAGCAAAUGAACAAGCAGUUUACAAUGAACUAAUCUAAUAAAUUAUUGUACAUAAUUAAGAGCAACUACCACAAUUCAUUAACUAAAGGACAAUAUAAGACACAAUAAACCACUAUUCUCUUUCAUCUUUGUUCCUCACUUUGUUCUUUUCUGAUGACGCCAAUCAAAGUCAAACAGUGUGAGAGACACACACACACACACACACACACACACACACACACACACACACACACAACUCUGAGGAGGAGAAUUCUGUCAAUGUGCUGCUUUUUCAGCUGGAUCUCUCUUUCUAGAGCAAACGGGCACAAUUUUGCAUUCAAACUGAUGCACUCUAUGGAAAUAUGAACUCCUUGCUACAUGCUGGAUUUAAGUUUCCCAUUCAAGAAUUACUUUUCUUUUUUUCUUUGUAUAUCUUGUCACUUUGGUGCUGAAAGUUUAACCACCUCUCUAGUUGCAGUAUUUUAAUGAGCAAUGUUGAGUUCAGUAACCAGCAGGGUAGUUUUUUCAUUGUUGUUUUUUUAACUGUCUGUUGCUGUGGUUUUGUUUCUUUUCUGGGUCGCUUGUGCAACAUUUCUAUGUGAAAUUAAGUUGUUCCCAAACAAAGAAGAAGAAAUCGGGCACGGCUCGAAUCAUCACAUCCUUUAGUGACUUGGACUGAUGAUAAAUAUUUAAAGGUAACAUAUUAUGCAAAAAAUCAUAGGACAGCCUGGCUCUCAACAACUGGUUCAGAUUUCUCUCCCAUUGUGAUGUCACAGUUGGACUCUUUUGGGGUAACCCUGCCUGCAAUCUGAGAAUCUCCACUUUUCUGGUGAAAGGGUGUGACAUUACCUACACAUUUUGAAAUCGGUUGCCCAAUCAUGACACACUGGGCCAGCUGGUAAAUCAGAGCAGACUGGGUUUUAUCAGGAGGAGGGGCUAAAAGAAAUCCAGGUGUUUUAGACGGAGGGUGAAAAGAGGAGCUGCAGGAACUGAACUUAAGAGUAUGUAAACCUUCUCAAGUCCUAACCCAAAUUAUAAGUAUGAAUCUGAAUAUUAUCAUAAUAUCUCACCUUUAAGAGACUGUGUGAUUGUCAAAAUAUGAAUGUUCACCAAAAACAGUUUUUCUUCUCACAUCAUCAAUGACUUAUUGUUUCCUCUGACUCUGAUGGCAUGGAGUCUUUCUAGCAGCAUGACCACAUGCAUCAGUAUGCAAUGACUUUAUUACAGUGAAAGUGUGUGCGCGUGCGUGCGUGCAUGCAUGCGUGUGUAAAAAUGACAAAUACAAAAAAAUCAUAAUAGUUGCCAGAUGCUACAGUGUAUAUUUUGGCAUGUAUAUUCUAGUUCAGUCUAUACCAGACCAUUGAGAGGAUUCUGUCUACUUUGACCCUGAUCUGAUUGUACAGUCAGUUACUUUCAGCCAACAUGCAGUUCUGUUGAUUUUUCUGUCCUGGCUCAUGGCUCUUUCCUUUUGUAAACAGUUCAAACUGAGAGAGGUGUGUUUCACAGAAAAAAACAUUGGACCUAAUUGUAAAUAAAAAGUUGAGGCAGCCUCUUCAAAGUACAGCGUGCAAAUACAUUAAUGUUUUAAAAGCAGCUGGAGUAGAUAACUAUGAGAUUUGUCCCAAGUCCAUGUCUUUGUCAUUCCCACCAACUCCUACCGCAAACUAGACUCAUAAACUGGACCGGUGUCAUCAAUUUCAUCAUUUUCUCCUGUUAUACAUAAUCCAGUAAGAGAAAAAAAUCAGACAUUGACAAAAUACAGACAGCAGUCCUGGUGACACUGCAGGUAGUGUGCAAUUGGGUUUUUGACCAUUAUAUUGAAAACAUGACAAUGUGGGAAAAUGGUGAAUCAUCCCUUUCUUGUUAAAUCUUGUAUAUGCAUACAACCACAUACACAUCUGUUAAAAAUAGCUUUUUCUUUUCUUUUUGAGAGUUGAGUCCUUAUGUCUGAAUGGGGGAAGAUGUUUGUGACCUGACUACAUGUGUUGUUGAGGCUCAGAGUAAUGGUUGACAAUCUGGAGUGUCAUCUCACCACCGUCUUUUGUUAGAAAAUGGAAAACAGAAACACUGGAAUGUCAAUGCUUUUUUAAAAUAAAAAAGGUAAAUGUGA